AUGCUGGGAGCGCGACGAGCGCGGCGGGGAAAAGGGGAAGUUUUUGAGUGGGAGGAGAGUGCCUCAAACGGUCGUGCACACGAGGUGCUUGCUCACGAGGUGCUUGCUCACGAGGUGCUUGCUCACGAGGUGCUUGCUCACGAGGUGCUUGCUCACGAGGUGCUUGCUCACGAGGUGCUUGCUCACGAGGUGCUUGCUCACGAGGUGCUUGCUCACGAGGUGCUUGCUCACGAGGUGCUUGCUCACGAGGUGCUUGCUCACGAGGUGCUUGCUCACGAGGUGCUUGCUCACGAGGUGCUUGCUCACGAGGUGCUUGCUCACGAGGUGCUUGCUCACGAGGUGCUUGCUCACGAGGUGCUUGCUCACGAGGUGCUUGCUCACGAGGUGCUUGCUCACGUGGUGCUUGCUCACGAGGUGCUUGCUCACGUGGUGCUUGCUCACGAGGUGCUGCUCACGAGGUGCUGCUCACGAGGUGCUCACGAGGUGCUUGCUCACGAGGUGCUUGCUCACGAGGUGCUUGCUCACGAGGUGCUUGCUCACGAGGUGCUUGCUCACGAGGUGCUUGCUCACGAGGUGCUUGCUCACGAGGUGCUUGCUCACGAGGUGCUUGCUCACGAGGAAAUUGCUCACGAGGAGCUCACGAGGUUCUCUUGUGGCUCCGCGCGUUUAGCGAGUACACAUACCGGAAGCGGAGACAGCGGGGGCGCGCAGGAGCGCGAGGAGCAGCAGGAGGCACGUCGUGGCGCGCCGAUGUCUCGCGAAGGCGGCGACGGAGCGCAAGCGCGCUCUGCCGGCCCGCCGCGACGACCUUUGAGUGCACUCGCGACGCAUCUUCAGGCUCGCGUUGCGGCGAUAUGCGGCUCGUGUAUGUCGCGACGCGAUCGCUCUGCAAUGGUGGUCACAGCAGUGGUGCUGCUGCUAAGGGGACUCGAGGGAGAGGGGUUCACAGGCGGCGAGGAGCUAUACAGCGUAGUCUUGACUCGACUUAAAAUGAGCAAUGCAGCGGCGCUUAGAGCUAUGCUCUACGCAAGUGGGUGCAGCAGCGCUCUGUAG